AGAGAGAUUCCUCCGGACCACACCCUGCUUCCACAGUUCCAGGAAAAAAAACAACUUUUCACAGCUGCCCACUUCUGCCAGUGCUUCUCUGAAUAACAACAUCGAGAACAUAAAACAACCCCACACUAAAACUUGGAGUACAGCAUUAAAGACAGUUUAAGGCUUUGUGAGUGACAGCGGGAGGAUAUCGCUCUUCUUCUCUCUGGGACUGAGAGCCACCGACGAGGUUGACGUCUCGUAAUUUGGCAUCAUGUCACACUACCCACCAGGGUACGACGAAUCUCAUGGCUCACUGUAUGGACCUCAGGGUGGGAACUACCCACCACCCCCUCCAUAUGGAUUCCCAUCAUAUGGUGGUUCACAGCCAGGCUAUCCCUCUGCUCCAUACCCUUCUGGUCCAAAUGCCCCUCUGUACCCAGGCCAGCCAGCUGGCUACCCUCCAGGCCCUUAUCCAGGGCAGCCACAGCCUGCUGGACAUCCAGGAUCUCGCUACCCGAAUCCUCCUCCCAUGCCUCCUGUCGUUCCACCUACAAUACCAUCAGAUGUCCUGAGCUCUGGUGAUGAGUUUGCAGCAAGUGGCAGCGAUUGGGACAGUCUGAGCAUUCGGCAUACCUUCAUCAGAAAGGUGUAUUUGAUCUUGGCGUGUCAGCUCCUGGUCACCACAGCCAUUGUCGCCAUAUUCACGUUUGUCCAACCUGUCAAAUCUUUUGUAAGGAAGAACUCAGCUGUGUACUGGGCAUCAUACGCGGUGUAUUUCAUCACCCACAUCGUGCUGGUCUGCUGCAAGGGCCCCCGGAGGAAGUUCCCAUGGAACAUGAUUCUGCUCGGCCUCUUUACUCUGUCUUUGUCGUAUAUGACUGGAACCAUAUCCAGUUACUAUGACACAAAAGCAGUGUUUCUUGCACUGGGAAUCACAGCUGUCGUCUGCAUCGCCGUCACAGUGUUCUGCUUCCAGACGAAGGUCGACUUCACCAAGUGCCAGGGCCUUUUCUGUGUCCUCGGUAUCGUCGUGUUCGUGACUGGCAUCAUUACAGCCAUCGUGCUGUCCUUCAAAUACAUAUUUUGGCUUCACAUGCUUUAUGCGGCUAUAGGAGCCAUAGUUUUCACUCUGUUCCUGGCAUAUCACACUCAGCUACUGAUUGGAAACAGAAAGCACUCCAUUAGUCCAGAGGAGUACGUGUUCGCUGCACUCUCCAUCUACGUCGAUAUAAUCCAGAUCUUCCUUUUCCUGUUGCAAAUUAUUGGUGCUUCCACCAAAUAAAAAUCCAGCGGCGCAGUGUAGUGAAAUCAUUCCAUGCUUUUGAAAAGCUUUACUUUUCCAAUAGACAUUAAAAGAUUUUUAAGACCAUGGUGCUCUUCAGGGAAAAUGUCUAAGGGCUGAAUAUGAGAUUUUACAUUGUAGAUUAAACCUAAACUGCUGCUCAAAUGUUUGGGGUCACGCUGAUAUACCCUUUUCUUGAAAGGAAGAACUUUCAUCUAAUAACAAAUUAACUUGAUCAGAAAUGAUCUGAUCAAUUUAAUGACAGUUAUUUGUAAAUGUCCAAAUUAUGUGAGAUUAUGUAAAUUUAUGGUUUGGGAUUUUCAUAAGAAAACUGGAGUCAAUUUCAGCAUUUUCCCUCCUGUAUUGCUGAGGUGUAUUGUGUUACCUAAUGCAGGUUUAUCACGGGACCAGGCUUAUUGAUCCCUAGACAAAAAAACUUUCCAAACACAGCUGAAAGCUGAUAAAGGAGCGUUCUAGUAUAGUUAGAGUAUAAUCUAGUAUAAUCACACGAAAUGCUUCAAUCAGCUAAGUAAAUGAUUAGCUUCUUUAAUCUGUUCUCAGCUCUUGUUACAUGGUCAGUCUUUUUACAUGAAAAACUUGCAUUUAAGUAACAUGGUGUGCCAUGAAAGUGGGCUUCUGUGUUUAUGAUGUAAUUUCCCACCAUAUAUAUUGUAUUGGAGUUCCAUCUACUGUGUUAUCCAUGUGGAGGUGUUAAAGCAUGCUAGUCUGCAGUAAGCUAAUGUUUAAAUGUUCAGUUAACUGGAUGACUUUACAAUAAUAACAUUUAUUUUCUUGUUCUGUGAUCCAGCCAUGACCAGCUGAUCAGAGCUGUGGUAAAAAUUAAUGAUUUUUGUUAUUCGUUGAUUUUUUUUUUUCUUCAUCCCCUGAACAGAAAAGUCAAGGCGUGGACUGAACCAUUGUUUCAGAGAGCUGUACUAAGGAGACCUUUAAAAAAAAAAAAGUCAUGACUAAUUUAGGGCUGUUAAUGUUAACGCGGCUUUAUCCGUCAUCAUGAUUAAAGCAAUUUUAAAUUUUCAACACAAUUAAACCACCUGGAGCGCAGAAUGGACAAACUUUGUGCAAACUGCCCAAAUUGCCUUGAUGCAUGCAGGGAUUUUGAGUCAUUUUCGCUCCAAAUGGGUUAAUUGCAUUGAAAAUUUUGAUCGUGUUCAUCAUGACGACAGAUUAAUCCACGUUAAUGUUGACAGCCCAAGAAUAAUUCCAUUUAUCGUUGUUUGUAUAAUAUCUCUGAUCAUGCCUUGUUAAGUGUUUUUGUUUUUUUCCGGGGUUUUUUAUUUUUUUGCAAAGUAAGGAUACUUUAAAGUGAUGCCCCCCAAAAAUCUGAGCAUUAGUUUACAUCACCCAAAAAUGCACUUUGUAUGAAAUCUAUAUUUGUUUUUAUAUACUUUAACAGCUUAUCGGUGGUUAUGACGAAUACUAUUACCUAACUAUCUACAGACACUUGAAUCCCAUCUGCAACAUUUAUUCCAUAUUACUGGACUUAAUGCAGAAAGUGUCUGAUCUCUCUUCUGUGUAUGAACAUGUACAGCUACAAAUGAAUUCUCCCAUGUGUCUAAAUGCUACAAGAACAAGGCAAAUCCUAAAGUGUAACUUUCUGAGAUUAUGAAGUACAGUAGGGGUGGGCAUUGCCACAACAUUUGAUCUCAGUUACUCAAGUAUGAGCAGAGUCAGUAUUUUGGGACAUGUCCACCCCUGAAGCACAGCUCGGCGCCACUAAUGGCAGCCACGGCUCUGCUAUAUUACUUUAUUCAGAUAAAGUAAUAUAGGUCACUUUAUUUGAAUUGUAUUCCUUUAUAUCACUUCAGUGCCUUCACCGUGUCAAUGUCUGUUAUUUUAAUUUUUUUUUGACUUUACAGAAUACAGGGUUAUAAUAUGUUUUAUAGAGUUAUUAUAUGUGUGCCUGUAAAUAUAGUUGUGUUAGUCAGAUGUGGGUCAGACAGCGAGGGCCGGCAGGGCGGGAUUUUUCCACACAGGACAGCAUUAUCGGUGCCAUGUUGUUAAAGUACUGGAACAUUUCUGAACUCCAGUCUUUCAUUGUCCAAAUGUUUCUCCUGAGAUGAUCAGCGAAGACCAUUAAUGACAAAUUUAGAGCACAGCUGAAAGUUUAUAAAAGCCUCGAGUCAAAUCAACAGAGGCAGACAUGUUUACUGUACACCACGGAAGGUUAGUGUGGAAGAGGGGGU